AUGAAAAAUACAAUGAAAAAUUCAAGUUUUAAAUUUAAAAAUUAUCUAAUUUAUGCUUUUGUUGUUGGAUUUAUUCAAGGAUUAUCAAUAGAAGUUAGUAAUAAAGACCGUCAUUGUUUUGAAGUUCAAGCUAUUGAAGGUAGAAAUCUCAAAAUAGAUUAUUAAAUAUCUGGAGAAAGAGAAGAAAAUGUUAAAUUUGAACUAGUUUCUAGUUAAGGUUAAAUACUUCAUGAAGUAGACAUGAGAGCAGAAUACACCUAUCAUUACAAAGCUGAAAAUAAUAUGCCUGUUAUUGUUUGCUUCUAAAGCUAAGAUAAAAAAGGAAAAUUUAUUAAUUUUAAUUGGAGAAAUAUAGUGGAAGACGAGUAUAUAGGCAUAGAUUCUAUAUCUGAAUCAGUUAGAGCAGCUUAACAGGCUAAUCGCCAACUUGAAUAAAUAUAUAUCUUCUAUUAGAGAGAUUAUCAAAGAUUAGUUACACAUACAAAAAUUUUAAAGUAGACAUCCAAAAAGAUUAAAUGGGGAUAUAUAUUUAAAAUUGUCUUGCUAAUUAUUGUUGCUGUACUCGAAGUUAUUACUGUAAUUAAGCCAUUUAGAAAGCUUUAACAACAAUAUCAUACUGUUUGA